UGAUGGUGCGGCAGCUCCAGGCGAAGGAUUACGGCGGCUUCUGUGCCUUUUUCUCCGUCAUUAACCACAUUGGCAUAAUCAUGUUGUUCAGCGCGUGCUUCUUCCCCGUGCUCUCUGUAUUUGUUUACAUCUACCUGGAUAUCCUGAAAAUCGCCUGCAGCCACCAGAAGCAGAUCUGCCAAGUUAGGCAGGCCGGUUCGAGGACGGGUGACCGCCAAGAUUACGAGAACCAUCCCCACCAGCAGCUGAGGAGCCACUACUGGAGCCACGUCAAGGCACUGAGGACAGUGGGGGUGUUGGUGGGCUGCUUCUUGGUCCUCUGGUGCCCCUUCUUUGUGGCGUGCAUUGUGCAUCUUCUGUGUGAAAGCUGCCAACUCAAAGGCGUCUUAGAGAAUUAUUUGUGGUUGUUGGGACUGUCGAACUCUCUGAUCAACCCCCUGGUGUACGCCUUCUGGCAAAGGGAGGUGCGACUGCAGUUAGCCUCCUUGUGUUCCUGCUUUAGGGCGUUGGCUGCUAGGCCUCCAUGUUUCACAGAGAGAUGUGACCCCCAGCCUCCUGUGCUGAAUCAAGCUGGUGCUCCUGCAGGAGAAAACCUCAACCCGUCGUUGUUGCGGGCGAUUUCAGUCAACGACAAGGCUCAAACUGUGCCACUAUCUGCCUCCACCGGAUUGUGA